CAACAGAGCCCGAUUGAUGGAACUACUGAGGUGGAGGAGAAAAGUAAACUUUAACACUGGAUUAACUUGUAUGGUGGAAUAUCAGUUCUAAUAUUAUAGUUCAGGCUGUGUUAUACCACAUUUUGGUUAAUUUUGUCAGGCAACUCCAACUUCAACUUUAACAUUUCUAACGGUUUCUGAACUCGGGACAAGCGAUCUUUACGCACAGUUUGCGCCAUGGCGAACUCGUGUCUCCAACUGAGCGGCUUUCUCAUAAGCUGCCUCGGCUGGCUGUGUAUAGUAAUCGCGACAGCCACCAACGACUGGGUGAAUAUGUGUAAAUACGGUUUGAACACCUGCAAGAAGAUGGAUGAGCUAGGAGCCAAGGGACCGUGGGCGGACUGUGUCAUCUCCACAGGAUUAUACCACUGCGUCUCCCUUACGCAGAUCCUGGACCUGCCAGCCUACAUCCAGACGACUCGUGCACUGAUGAUCACAGGUUCAAUCCUGGGUCUCCCAGCAGUGGGAAUGCUCCUCAUGUCCAUGCCCUGCAUCAGCCUUGGCAACGAACCGCAGAGCUCCAAGAACAAACGCACCAUCUUGGGAGGAGUGCUUAUAUUCAUAGUCGCUUUGUGUGGAAUGGUAUCUACGGUCUGGUUUCCCAUUGGGGCCCACCAGGAGCAUGGCCUCAUGUCAUUUGGCUUCUCUCUCUACACUGGCUGGGUGGGCACUAUUUUCUCCCUGCUGGGUGGGUCCAUCCUCACCUGCUGCUCAUCAGAGUCCUCCUCCUCCCGCUCCUACCAGGACAACAACCGCUUUUACUACUCCAAACAGGGAGGAGGCAACCCGCCAGCCGCCUCCUCCACCAAUCACGCCAAGAGCGCCCACGUCUGAGCUGGAAGAGAUUCUGCAUCCCAUGUGGAUGUGUAGGGGACUGUAUCUGGUUUGUAUAUAGAGACAUAUACACAAGAGCACACAAAUACACACAUUCACAUUCAGUACACUAACAACUACAUGCAAACCUAAGAGCAGGAGACACAGUCAGUCACGUUGGUUUAUGUAAAGGAAAAUACAGGGAAAAUUCUUGAAUCAGCACAAAGACAUACAUAAAAGUGACAUUCACACAUCCAAACACACCAAGACUGUUUUUUGUCGGAGCUCUUUCUUCGCCAGUGGAUUGUUUUUGAAUUACAGAGCUCAUCUUUCAGCCUCCUCACGUUGGGCGUUGUGUGGACUCACCUCACUGUUAUAUAAUUUUACAAGCUUCUGAGUAACUGCCUGCAAAGCAGCCUGAAGUCCUAAUCACCUGAGGCCUUGUGGAAUGAAAUAUCGAUCUUCUAUAUUACUUCUAUUUUUCUAUUGUGCACUAAGAGAUGAAAUCUUAUGAGUGCUUUUGUUGAUAAAUCUGUUUUUUUAAGUCAUAUAACACCAUGAUGUGUUGUUUUGAUAAGAGCAGGGUAUGACAGUACUAUUUUGGAAUUGAAAAUAUGUUCAUUAGCAUUGUUUAUGUACAUUGAUUUUUCCUUGACAGUAUUGUACAACACUCUAGUGCAUUUGUCUCCUGAGUGAUAGGCUUGAUUAAAAAAAAAACAAAAAAACAAAAAACCCCGUAGCACUGUUUUUUCCUAGCCUCUGCAGGAUGACAGAUGAUGAUGGGAACAUAAAUUUCACAGGAAAGCUCUAACCAGCAGUUUUACUGUCUGCAUUAGGUCUUAGUUGUGCACAAACUUGGCAAAAAUAAAUUAUUACCUAUUACAACAAAGCUAAUAAAACAAAAUUUUCAUCUUUUGUCCGUAACUAAUAGUCUAGUUGUGAUCUAAUCGUGAUAUUUAAUAAUCUAAAGUAGCUUACGCAUUUCUCUUUGACUAACUUGCUUCUGUUUUAAGUUUGGAAAAAACUGAAUGACAAAAUCAAAGCUUAUCCUGUAACUAUGUAAUUAUAAAUUUCCAUUUAAGGUCUGUAGUUAAAAGUACAUUUCACAAAAAAACAUCAGUAUUACGUAGAUUAGCUUCUCUUGAAUGAAUAUGAUGACUUGAAUGUUCAAUAUCUCAAAAGUGCUCUGAGCACAGUCGGAACCUGAUAUUCCCAAACUGAAGAAACCUGAUAUUUCCGUACAGAAGCAGUAUUAGCCGGUUAUUUAUUGUUUCACUGAUGUGCUAUCGUUUGAUUUUCUAGAAUAAAGA